UGAAUGACAACAUGAAGUCAGGAGAUUUCACUGCUAUUGCAAUGAAUCAGCAUAUUUAUGUCUUGGUUGAUAGGACCUCAUUCUAUCGACUCAAAUAUGUCGAUGUUAAUGCUACAUGGGAGAAAUUGAAGAGUCCGUUGAAAGUUCAUGGCUAUUACCCACCAAUGACUUUGGUUGAUGAUGAAAUCUGGAUUGUUGGUGGAUGUGUUGGAUCUGACACAACAACAGUGGAAAAGUAUGAUUCUCGGAGAAACCAGUGGACAAAGUUGAAAAGCAAGAAUGUUAAAUGUAUUGCUCCUGCAGUCAUCUGCAUGCAAGGAAGCAUUUAUAGUUUGGGAGGAUAUGAAGGAUCAAGUGCAACUAACAAAGCAGAAUGCUUCAAUCGAAAUACAUCAAAAUGGAGUUUCAUUUCACCAAUGCUGAAUGCCAGAAGAAAAUCUGCUGCUGUUGAAUUUCAGGAUCGCCUUUAUAUUCUUGGUGGAUAUGAUAUGGGUCAGGAUCUGAAAACUGUUGAAACAUACGAUCCAUCAUCCGAUUCCUGGACCAUGUUUGCACCGAUGAUAUCGACUCGUCGCCUCCUCAAUAGCUUUGUUUUCAACGGGAACAUUUAUGCAGUUGGUGGAUAUGGUUCAAGAAAAACCAUGGAGAAAUAUGAUUCCGAAGAGAAAACCUGGGUGAUGGUUGACAUUCCUAAAGAUAUGAACCUUGAUAUAAUGGGGUCAGUGAAUAUAAAAGCCAUUUGAAUAUUCGUACCAAUCAUAUUGACUUCCAAACGUUCCACAGCUCCUAAUUCUUCAUUUCAAUCACAAUCAUUUUUAUAUUUUGUAUUUUGCUGGUCAUUCAAAUAUACUUUCUGUUGAAAUUAUAAUUUCAACUCAGUCCUUGAAUAUCGCAAAAAAUAUUAAAUUACUAUUUAUGCAAAGUGAGGGAAGCAAAAAGAGUCCCAAAAUAAGAAAAGGAAGGAAUUUAACAAAAAAAAAGGAUUAGGAACCACUGCACUAGGCCAAGGACUCCUUGGUUUGCAAUAUAUUACACUUGGGCUCUAUUUUUAAUUACUGGGAUGGAUAUAAAAAUCCAAUUUUACAUUCCCUGAUUUUUUUUAAUAAUUCCUGAUAUAAUGAAACCCAUUAAUUCAAUUUGCGAAAAUAGGUUUUUUAUUCUCUGAUUUUUGUGUUCACCUUUUGUUAGAUUUUCUGUGUAUAUUCUGUUCAAUUCUACAAUAACAACCAAUCUUAUUCGUGGGAGUCCCCCAUACUUGUAUAGAAAAAAAUUUGGAAAAGGAUUUCUAGUUCGACAUAGUCUGAAUUAACUUCGAGUUAAAUUAAAUGGGUUAGUUUGUAAAAAUUGUCAUAUAUUAUUGUUCUUGUUGCGAUAUCAUUCAUUCUAAGGUUAUAAUACGCCAGUAAUAUAAGAUUUCAACAUCAGUACCAUAUCAUCUGAAUUACUUUCCAUGAAUGCAAGUAUUCCUUUUACCUAUAAUGAAGUUAUAGAUACUACACCUAAAUUUAUGUUCAUCUCCGAAAUAGUUUGUCUUAAUUGAAAUUGAAUGGUUUCAUUCUCAAAUAUGCAUUUUCUGUUGUCGAAAGAAAUCAGUUAUAUGUUAAAGUUGAAUAGAUUUUCUAAGACAAUUCUCGUAUAGACAGUGAAUUAUGAAUUAAAUUAAUUUUUUUAUUCAAAAUCCGUAUUUAAAUUUUCAUCGAUGCCGUAUCAGUGAAAUACACAUGUUCCAUCUGCUACUAUUCUAAUCUGAAUACCAAGAUUUGUAUGCAAUAAUGCUAAACAGUUCGAUAUUAACAUGUUUGAUAUUUUAAUGACACAUUGAAUUUUCAUCUUUUAGUGGGCAUAUUCGAUAAAAAAACACACACACAUUAAUUCAGAUGAACCUCACUCAACAUCGUGAUGGGCGCGACUGUCCAGUCGUAGGUUGCUGUUUGUUAAUGCAGGCCACAAUUAUAAUUAAUUACGAUGUUUGGCUACUGACGGCAUUGUUACUCACUCUUAAUGAUCAAAUUUAGCGUGAGGCAGCAGUUCGUGUGGCGCAAAUUUAUCAGG